AUGUUCAGUCAUUCGCGCUGGCGACUUGUUUUCCGCCUCCGCAGCUCGGCGCAUCCUGUCCCGCCGCACCGCCUCGCCGCCUCCACCCCUCCCUUCACUGCCGCACCGCCAAUGGCUUCGCGCCUCCGCCUCGUCGGUCCGACCCUAGGCACCGUGGGAGGCUCCGCCCCUAACCCCGGCGAUUCCGUCAUGGCGGAGGGGGAACGAGAGGGAGAAGCGAAGCGGCCGGAGCCGCCGCGGCGGGAGGUGACGGACCUGGGCGGCGGCAGCAAGGUGGUGCACGUCCCGCGGUUCGUGGCCCGCGACAAGGCGUGGGAGUGGUUCGACUGCCUCGACAGGACCAUCCCCUGGAGGCGCCCCGACAUCCGCGUCUUCGGCCGCUCCGGCCCCCAGCCUAGAGAUAUGUGCUAUGUUGCAGAUGAAGGGCUAACAGAUCUGAAAUAUAGUGGUCAUCAAGCUGAUGCACAUUCCUGGGAUGAAUUCCCUGUGCUCAAGGACAUCUUGAAAGUGGUGCAUGAAGCCCUUCCGGGGAGCUAUUUUAACAGCGUCCUCCUGAACAGAUACAAGACCGGUUCAGACUACGUUUCAUGGCAUGCUGACGAUGAGGCACUCUACGGACCAACUCCAGAGAUAGCAUCUGUCAGCUUUGGAUGUGAACGUGACUUCCUUCUUAGGAAAAAGCCUAGCAAAUCACAAGCGACUUCUGGAUCUGGAGAAGCUGCUCGAAAGCGGCUCAAGGUCGCUGCUCCUCAACAGCGUUCUUUCCUCCUGAAGCAUGGCUCGCUGCUUGUGAUGAGAGGUUACACCCAGCGGGACUGGCAGCACUCUGUUCCGAAGCGAGCCAAAGCAAGUUCAACAAGGAUCAAUCUGACUUUCCGACAUGUACUGACCUAAACAAGGCGUGUCUUUUUUUUCUGAGAGGAUAAACAAGUCCUGCUGAGUCCAAGUUUUGUUGCUCUUGCUCAGUUCAACUUUUGGGGCAAGUUUAUAUCGUAAGUAUCAGCUAGCUCUCGCCCUAGAUGGGAACGCGCA